GGGCACACAACAGAAAUCCUGAGGUUGCUUAGCUGUUUGUCAGAGUCAUACUCUCCUAGACAUUAUAUUUUCGCAGACUCAGAUAAGAUGAGCGAAGCUAAAAUACGUUCUUUUGAACAAAAAAGGUCCAAAACAUUCUCCAAUUCACAGUUCACCCUUAAUCGCAUUCCCAGAAGCCGCGAGGUUAGACAAUCUUGGACAUCGUCUGUGAUAACAACCCUGUACUCCAUACUUCACUCCCUUCGUUUGACCUACAAACUAAAACCAGAUUUGGUAUUGUGCAAUGGACCAGGAACAUGUGUUCCUGUCUGUAUAUCUGCUCUUCUUCUUGGGCUUCUAGGAAUAAAGAGAGCAAUCAUUGUGUAUGUAGAGAGCAUCUGCCGCGUGGAAACUUUAUCCCUGUCUGGAAAGAUUCUUUACUACUUUUCAGAUUACUUCAUCGUUCAAUGGCCUGAUCUAAAGGAAAAAUAUCCCAAGUCAGUAUAUCUUGGUCGAAUAGUGUAACAACAGAAGACAGGCUUUACCUAAA